AUGGCCGAGGAGACUGACACAAACGAUAAAGCGACGAUGGAAAGUAUAGCGCAGAACAUACUCGAGGUCAGUGCCGGAGGUGGGUCUGCGUCGGAUCAAGUGACCGAGUUGGAGUUUCAGGCCUCGCAGGUGAUAUCGAGGCUCGAGAAAGCCGUCGAGAAGGCGGCCGACGGUGGUGGUACCACUUGGAACAAUCCCUCAGGAUUCCUGUCGCAGUCGAAAACCCCCGACGAGAUAUUAACUUUGAUUCAGGACCUGGUGAUUCAUGAAGAUGCUCCACAGGCAGGAGAAGAUGGUUCAUCCGAAACAGCGACGAGCCAAGUGACUACUUUACCAACGUUAACAGAACCAGCGAAAUUAGCACUAAUUACGCACACUAUUUCUGCAUGUGCGCUCGCACUUCCCAAAUCCCAUGCUCAGAAGCUAGCUGUCCGUUUGGCUGCAGACACAACCAGAUGGCUGAGCCAUAUCUUUCGUUUCGUCGAUUGUGCUUCCUCGUUUCACGAGGAUCACCUCGAAGGUUUGGUCAGAGUAACCAGGUUAGCUCUGCACCGAAAAUAUCCCCGGUACAUGGAAGAGGGUUUCACUGCCCUUGCCGCUUCGCCACCCUUAAUUUAUAGUUCUGUAGCCGCGCCUUCAGGCGUGGUCCAACAUCUCUGCAGACAGCUUUCUUUGCCACUUCAUUGUGUAAGACCCAUCCCCCAUAACACCAUGUUUGGGUCAAGGUAUAGUAUGGAUGUGUCAGCCUUGGAACGACGUUUGGCGGAAGACACGCAAUCAAAUAGCGUGACACCGUUGCUGGUGUUAGCUGAAGCAGGCUCUGUUUUAACAGGACAUUGUGACAAUAUCGCUAGGUUGCGUGCAAUUUGUGAUAAGUACAAUGUUUGGCUCCAUCUCAGAGGACACUCUCUGGCCGCACUAGCAUUAAAUAGUUCCGCAAAAGAUUUGCCUUCAAAGGUUUCGGAUAGUAUUACAUUACCUUUGGGUAUUUGGCUUGGUAUACCAUCUCUGCCAGUAGUUACGUUGUACAGAUUAACAGACACGAAAGGUGGUCGACCGACUCCAAGGGACACAACUUUAUCCUUGGUCUCGGGUUUAAUGGCGGACUCUUUGUCAAGACGUUUGCCAACACUGCCUUUGUGGGCUACUUUACAAGCGUUAGGUCGAGACGGUGUACAUAACAGAUUGAAAAGAUGCUUUUUGGCUGUGGAAGAUUUGUAUAAUAAAAUCAAGAAAUUCACGUGCAUAAGGAUAUUGAGUCAACCACCGGGAGGCGAAACAGGUUCCUAUACGAUAAAUGACCUCCUAACGAACCCUGUGAAUAGUCCACAACUGUUCGACGCAGUAGCCAGCGCUUUAGUGUUUCAAUUCGUGCCUGCGGACAGGGAUUCUCAGGCGACGGAACGCGUUCCUCCGUAUUACGACAAGCUAAACUCCUGGCUGGGACAGAUUCUUCAAAGAGAUAUCGAGAAUGUACAAAUAGAGCUCUGUGAAAUUGAACACCAUGGAGUUGCGAUUCGCAUUUGUCCUCUAGAGAACCCGGAAGAACCGCCCUCAACGGAGGAUAUAGAUAACGUAGUAGCUUGCCUCGAACAGCAGAUAGAAAUACUACUGGCAACAGUCGAACAUAAAGAAACAUUCGUGAAAUUAGUUUCGGAAAACGAUUCGUUGCACUUGGUAGAAAUGCCAGGUUGGGCAGGUCUUGGCGGUGUGCGUUACGCUCCCCCCACUUGGAUUCAUGUGAUGACAGACCAAGCAAAAGAGGAAUUGAAUAGAUUAAACACGCAAUUGGUGGAAGCUUUACGAAGCACAGACGCGGCAUUCUCAUUGGGUGAAGGAGCUGAUGGGCUAGCCUGCGUGCGAUUUGGGAUGGUUACACAAGACACAGACGUAGCAGAGUUAUUGUCUUUAGUCCUACAAGUUGGUCAAGAAGUGGAAGCCAGUUCCAAGUUACUGGACACUAUAUCCGAGGUGGUAAAAAGAGGCAUUGAGGCAGCCCAGACCGAUUUAGAAAGGGAGAAUGCGGAAAAACUGUGGCAGGAAGGUAUUCUGAGGCACGUGCCUGUGGUUGGAACUUUCGUCAAUUGGUGGAGCCCCCCAUCGAAGGAGACUGGAGUUCGUGGACGUAGUCUGAAUCUCCAAGCUGGCGUUGUCGAGAGUACGGAGAAUAUAUACAAAUAUCACAUGCAACUGCAACCCAAUUCGACGGUGAUCAAUGGGUCUGGAGCUAGAACACCUCCACAACCUUUGGUCCAAACACCAGUUGGCGCAGGGAGCCAAAGUCACAGUCGCUCGUCAAGCCAUUCCAGCUUACAAAGCGGAAAAAGUGUCUCUGUAGUUUCAAACACCGCCUCCCACCCGCAGGUGAAAGAGGAAUCGGGUGAGGUGAAAUCGUAGUAAACAGACGAUAUUUGUUUUGAUCGAAAAAAAAAGAUGAUAGUCAAGUUCUCGGACUUGGCGAACGAAGGAAUGCUUUAGGAUGAAACAGCUAAACGUUUCCCAAAGGAGCUACAGUUUACAGUCGCAGAGCAAAGCAUUAGUCCCUAAAGCAUGCAUCGCAGAGCUUGGUAAACUCGAUCGAGGUAAACAUGCCAUCGUUUUGUCAUUCUAUUCUGAAUAAAACAUUCUACGUUGUUUCAUUAUCACGUUCCGUCGAACAGCAUUUCUUUUCUCUUCACCUAUUUUAACGGAGGUUCUAGUUUCGGAAGGUCUCUUAUGAUCUGUCAAAUGUGGCUUGUGUACUUACUAAACCCG